AAACCAGCAAGGGAAAGCGGACUGGGUGCGGAUCAUCAACCUAGUGGAGGGCGAACCGACAUGUUUACUCCUAAUAUUCCGGAUAAAUAUUAACCACACAGCCGCCAUGCCGUAGAAAACCCGCCGGGCGUUUGGAUGAAGCCUAACGGGGACCACAGCGGGGAGGAAGCGGGGUGGCUCUAACCGAGGGAGGGGAGGAUGUACUGGGCUGCUGGCUUCGCCUCUUCCCGGCCGUGUGUGGUUGAACUCGGGCGGAAUCACAGCCUGCCGCUCGGGCUGUGCGGCUUCGAGCAGCAGCAGUCUUUAUAUGGCUGUAUCAUCGCCUUCCCCUUACAGGACUACGGGGGCAUUAUGUCGGUUUUGGGGUCGGACUCCUGGUGGAAGAAGACCCUGUACAUCACCGGGGGGGCCCUGCUGGCUGCUGCAGCCUACCUACUGCAUGAGCUGCUCGCCAUCAGGAAAGAGCAGGAGUUGGACUCUAAAGAUGCCAUCAUCCUCCAUCAGUUCUCCAGGCCAAAGAACGGCGUGCCCAGCCUCUCACCCUUCUGCCUCAAACUGGAGACAUACCUGCGCAUGGUGGACCUGCCCUACCAGAACUACUUUGAUGGGAAGCUGUCGCCUCAGGGUAAGAUGCCGUGGAUCGAGUACAACCACCAGCAGGCGUCAGGCUCAGAGUUCAUCGUGGACUUCCUGGAGGAGAUGCUGGGAGUUAACCUCAACGUAAACCUCACCCCUGAGGAGAGAGCCGUGUCCCGAGCCAUCACCACCAUGGUGGAGGAUCACCUUUACUGGACGAUAGCCUACUGUCAGUGGGUGGACAACGUAGAUGAAACGCAGAAGCUUCUGUCGAUGACCGGCCCCCUGAGCGACACCCUGAAGUGGCUGCUGAGCCACAUGAACGGCAGCAUGGUGCGCAGGGAGAUGUACGGCCAUGGCAUUGGACGCUUCUCUAAGGAGGAGGUCUACACACUGAUGGAGAAGGACAUGAGGACGCUGGCCACACUGUUAGGAGAUAAAAAAUACUUCAUGGGCUCUAAGAUGUCCACAUUAGAUGCUACAGUGUUUGGGCAUCUAGCCCAGGCUAUGUGGACUCUUCCUGGGACACGACCAGAACAACUCAUCAAAGGAGAGUUGAUCAACCUGGCCAUGUUCUGCGAGCGGAUGCGGAGGAGGUUCUGGCCCGAGUGGUUUGUGGAGGUGGAAGAUUUUUAUUUUGAAGGAGAGAGUGAGAGCAGUGGCUCUUCUACAGGCCUGCUGGACUUUGGCCUCUUCUCCAGGACUAACACUCUUGACGACAGUGACGCCAGCAGCCACUCAGGCGGACACUCACACACGCACUCGCCCAAAUCUUACCACUCACUCUUUGACUCGGACGUGGGCACGGGAUCCGAAAAUGACAUUCAGCUUAAGGAGGAGUUAAUUCCCGACCUUGAGGUUUGACCUGAGGAUGGUCGUGAUUGGCUGCCAGGAGACGAUGCAUAGUUAGUUUUAAAAAUCUGGACAUGUUGCCAGACUCUCACGGCUGAAGAAAUGACUCCUCAACCUCAAAAUAAUGAACCUUCCUGAUGGACUCCCUGGGUAUUAAUAUGCAGUGCAUACAAACUGAACCCCAUAACACUAAUACUGUAUGCUUUGCCCCUUCCUGUAACAUCAGAACUGUCCCCGUGGAGUUCCUAUUUGCCUUAUUUGUCUCAUCCUAAGAUGCAGAAGCUUGUGCGAAAGAUUAACACGGAAGAAAUGUCUCAUCGAGUGAAAAGUGCGGCGUCGACCAAGGAGCGGUGUAUUCAUGACAGGCGGCACCUCACUUGCUAUGAAACGAUGCAACUAAUCACCACUCCGCCACGUGUCCUAACGCACAAACCCACUGAAACAGGUGGAGAUCGAUCAUGUGACUGAAAGGAACAGCUGCCGUUAACCAUCUGUGUGCGAGAGAGGAAACACAGAUGAGUCCGUGCUGUAGAUUGAUCCUCGUGUCAUUCCCUUUGUGCUACUGUAUGUGGGAAGAAAACAUGACCUCCAUCAAACCACAACCUUAGUAGUAGUCCAAUGGAAUAGAAACAAGAAUGAAAAAGAAGCAGUUUUGUGCCUGUAAUUUAAUGGGUAUUAUCCUUAUUUCUCCCGAUUUAGUUAUUAUUUGCUUGCACUUUGUUGUUGGAGGAAAUCCGAUUAUUGAUUUUAAAAUCUUCUUGAUUUCAGCAAAACGCUGUAGUUGGUAUAUUUCACCACUAGAUGGAGUCAGUAGUCAGCCUGUGUUUAACAAGGUCAUUCCACCCUGCCAAUAACACAGCAGGAAUUCCUCCUAUAGUCCAAAACUUUAAUGUUUCAUUCAUAAUAACUUGUCAGCCUGCAGGUUAAAUAUGUAUGCAUACUUACAAAUCAGCCUUAGUUCUUUCAGACUAAAGAAAUGGGGGGAUAUAGUCUGCAGCAGCUUUUUCUUGUCAUAUAAUUUAUUAUCAGUGCCACUUUAUUAUUUCUAUAUGAUCCAAUGUGUCAAAUAUAUAUAUUUUUUGUUAAACUUUGUUUUCUUAUUGCUCUCAAAGAGAGACUUUAUUUUUGCACUAGUGGAAAUGUAUUUUCACUUUAUUUUAAUGGGAGCAAUCUGGAGGAAGGCAGAGGACAGUGUAAGACAAUUGAAUGGGAAAUGUGUAUAUCAGCAGUACAGGACGCUGGGUGUCUGGAUCAUGAUUGUGUAUGUGAGAUUUACUGUGUGUGAAUGUCUGGUGAUAAAGUCUGCGCAGAGACAGUCAGAAUACCAAAUCGACUGAACAUUGCUAGUCUAAAAACGAGCAAAACUGGGUAUUUAAUGGACCAAAAUGUCUCGGGAAGCAUUUACUUUUGUAAGUAAGUGCUCGUAAUGGCAAUAUGAUUGCUGUAAAAAGAAUGUGGUGCAUUUAGAGUAGAUGCAACUAAUGUUUGAAAGAGUCAGUUCACCCAAAUAAAGAAAAACGUCCUUACUUCAUCCAUGCCAUGCAGAUAGUUUUGUUUUUAUUUUUACACGAUUUAAGAUGUUCUGUAUGUGUCUAUAGGAUUGCUGCCUCAACAGUUUUUACAAGUGCACCCUGUACAAUUUAGUUGAUUAAUAACUAUUGUAUUUAUUGUGUUAGUCUUGCAGCCCUUCUAAUUUGAGGAUUUCAUUCUCAAUUUCAUUUCUUUCUUUUUUUAUAAAGAUAAAACUAACAUUAAAGAGGCCCUAUUAUGCUUUUGCGGGCGUUCCCUUCCUGGUGUGUGGUAUAUAGGUUUGUGUGCAAGUAAAUAGUCUGCAAAGGCUAAACUUUCAAAGUUCAGAGGGAGUAUCUCCCCCACACACGCCCCCCUCUCGCCGCUUUUUUCAUGUGAUUUGCCUAGGGGCGGGACAUCUCUUAGCGGUUGACCAAUCCCAACUGAGUCGGUCAGCUAACCGAUCAGAGCAGACUGGGCUCUGGUUUCAGACCGAGGAUGAAAAUACCUUUUUGAACAUUAAAGCAUGGAAACACGUCAACAUAGGAACCUGAAAAUGAGAAUAAUAGGGCCCUCUUAAGUAACAGUCUCAAUGGAGGACUUUUACUUUGAGUGAAGUAUUUCUGUGUGGUUUUGUACAAAAACUAAUAAAAUCUGAAUACUUCCUACAUUACUGAUGACUAGUUAGUGAGCAUAAUGGAUCAUUUAUCUGCAAAAAAGGGAGACAGGAGCCGGUGGAGGGCAAAAAGCAAUAGCAAAAAAAUAGAA